UUUUUUUGUUUCUUUUUUUACUUCCUACACUGCGUGCGCAUUCGUUGUUAAGGACAAUAAUAUGGCCGUAAAAAAAAUCCAAGAUGAUAUUAUUUUAAGUUGCAGGAUUUAACAUUACAUUCAGCUAACUUCAUUUAUGAAAGCCACAAAUAUUUUUUUAUUCAUUUAAGUCAGUUUAAGAGGUAUGUUUCUCAGUCUUCUACUUAUCCUUCUUUUUUUUUAAAAAUUAUAAUUAUAAAUAUACAAUUAAUUUAAUUCUUUAUAUUUAUCUGAACUACUUAGUAUGAUUAACUAUACUAUAGUCUAUAGUUAUAUUUAUAUUCUAUACUAUAACUAAUACUACUGACUAUAUUAUGGCUAGUGAUAGGAGUUACUAGUAGUAGUAAGUAGUGUCUCUGCAGAUAGCGUAACUGCACAUUUUGUCUUGUACUUGUAUUGUAUACCUGAUUUUGACCAAGUCGCCUAUAUAUUCCUAUAUUUUAUCAGUAAAUUUUAAGGAUGAAUGCCACAUUUUUAUCGAAUUUCACGAAUGUAUCCCCAAAUCGAUCCCUAUGCCUAACCCUAACCCUAAAUCUACACCUCAACCUAACCUAAACCCUAAUUCACUGCAACUAUAAUAAACACACAAAAGACGCCGUGGCAUCCCUCCUUAAUAUCAGCUAUUUUAUCUUAAUCUUAUUGCUCAUUCAUGACAUUAUUGAAUUGACAUAACUUAGAACUAGGGUUGACAUUACUUAGUUUACUAGAAGCCAUAUAAACUCAUAGGAUAGUGUCAUCCUUUUCAAACUUCCUAAUGAAUGGCCUUGACCCUGAUUUUUCACCUAUAUUAUAUCUUAAUCUUAUUGCUCAUUCAUGACAUUAUUGAAUUGACAUAACUUAGAACUAGGGUUGACAUUACUUAGUUUACUAGAAGCCAUAUAAACUCAUAGGAUAGUGUCAUCCUUUUCAAACUUCCUAAUGAAUGGCCUUGGACCUCCUCCGAGUCAGCCUGGUCUGGUGACACCUUUCUCUGGUGGCACCUUACUCUGGUAAAUCCCUGUGUUGUGACUUCCUUUUGUUAUGGCACCCUGCUAUGGUGGCACCAUGCUCAUGUUGUAUUCAACUCAGAGCUCCAUGAAAUUCAUUAUUUUCCAUUUAAUGUCGUCCCCCUGUGCAGGUGUCAUCCUAUGUAAACUGCACACCCCUCCUAUUUAAGCUAACGCUUAUUUCUUUUAAUUGUAUAGUAUAAAAAAUGAAGCAUUUCUCCAAGAUUUGAAGUGAAAUUCAUUUUAAACUUUUUAUAUUUUUAAGUAUAUUCUCCUUAAAUAUAGAGUCAUAACAGUUUUAGUUUUGAUUUAAUUUAUAAUUUUUUUCCUUUAAAAAAAUAAGGGUAACUUUUAAACAAAUAUUUAAGGGUAAUGGCCAACCAACCCUUGGUCUACUGACUUUAGCCUACCAUAGGCCUAUUGUCAUUGUCAUUGUAACUCUACUGACCAGGCUGCUAAUUCUAUCUAUUCUAGCCACUCUAGGUAUUAUUAUUACUUAACAUUUUAUAAUUAUAAUGAUAAUAAACUAAAAUAAUUUAUUUAACCUACAAUAGAUUUAAAUAAGAUAACCUAGUUGAUAGCUAUUCAAUUGUUUAUUAAAAUUGAUUCCCAGUUAUUCUAAUAGUGAUUUUGCCUAAAACCAAUAGAAUAGCCUUGGCCCAGUUAAAUAAUUAUUCACAGAUGACAGUUAAAAAUAAAACUGAGUGGACUGAGUGUGUGUUUAAAUCUAAGAAUUUAAAUAAUAAUCAUAUUAUUAUUAUAUUAAUAAAUUAUGUAAAGGACAAUAGUCAACUAGAGCAUUUUUAAUAUUAAUUCCUUUUUAAAAAUAAAUAUUUGUAAAAAUAUUCUAGCACAUCAGCACAUGUAUUUUUUAGAAAAAACUUUUAAAGGUGAGUACUAAUAAGAUUAUUAAAACAAAGUCUUUUAAUUAAAAUUUUAAUAUUAGGCCUAAUUAAUAACUAAUUUUAUAAAACUAUUUAUACCAAAAGUAAAAUUUUCUAAAAUUAAAAAGUGUAUGUUUUAUUUUCACAGCACACACAAACAUGUCAAGAGCCCAGGCAGAGAGUGUGAUAAAAAAUAUUAUCAGAGAAAUAGCUCAAGAAUGUGCCGGCAAGGGCCAAGCUGUGUCAGAAACCUUGGUUGCAUUUAUGGCAUGUUAAACCUAUCAAAAUGGGUAGUCUGUAAAAGAAAUCACACAUCUAGUGAUAAGUGGAAUAUAAGUUCAGACAUUUUUGCUAGAGGAGGCAGAAAGGAGUUUUGUGAAAUUAACAUCAUUAAAAUAAUUAUUAUAUUGCAGUUUUUAGAGAAUUUUCUCCACAUCUUCAGUUUUUUAAAAAGCAUUUUUAAGUUUCAAGUAAAUUUAAUGUUCAUUUACAAUAUUUAGUUAUAGCCUAUACAUAGUUUUAUCAGAAUGGAGCAUAACAUUAAAGUAGUAUUAAGAAAGAAAGUUAUAAUAUGUUUUAUGUAUUUUAAGGGUUGCUUUUAGAGGAGACAUGGGAGGGGGUGGGGCUUGUGAUAAGGAGUGAGGGUAAAACAUCAGCCAAAAUUGUGUGACAUCCUUUAUGGACUGUGUCUUUUAUUGUUAAGAUAAAUAUAUUUAUUUAAUCUUAGUAUUUCAUUUACAUGCUCUAUUACUUAUAUCUUGUACCACAGCUAACAAUUUAGAAGGUACAUUUUGACUUAAUAAAUGAAAAUCUGAUAAAGAUACAAUUAAAUUGUUUCAAACCAAGCAUUAUAACAACUACAGGCUACAGGAGUAACUAUUGCACAUUUUAUUUUUUUUUAACAUCAUGACCUUAUUUAGAAAAAUAUUAAGACUAUGUAUACGAGAAAUAAAUGGGAGUAUAUCUUUAACUUUUUAAAAAUAUAUUUUCAGGUAAAAGCUGUUGUCCUGGAUCCUGCCAAUGAGUUUAAUGUUGAUCGCACAUUAACAAAAGAUGAUGUUCAAAAACUCAUUCGGGUAAGUAAACAAGUAAACAAUUUUAUUUCUAGUAGGCUAUUAUCACUUUUUUUUUUUUUUUAAAGUUUUAUUUUCAAAACCUUACUAAUAUAAUAUAUUAUAUUAAUCAAUUAUACAGUUUUAAAAAAACAAUGAAAUAAAAUCUGUUUAGCAUAAUAUGUAUUUUUAAAAAUUGCUCACGUCAACAAAUUAUUUCUUUUUAUAGUUAUGCGUUGAGAGGCUAUUGGAUUCAAGGUCCCCUGCUCUUGACACAGUUAAAAUGCAAGUUUAUUUUGAUAUGAAUUAUACAACAAGAGGUUAGUAAAAUUUCAGUAAAAAUUACUUUUUAAGUUAAUAACUUAAUAAUUAGUGUUUUAUUAAUGCACACAAGGAUUGAACUGAUAAGAAUAUAGGAAGAUGACAAAGUAAUCAGCCUGCUGCAUGAGCUGAUUAUUUAUUAUUGAAUUAUGUAUGUGCCAUGCUAGGAAAAUGUAUAUUGUAAUCAAUUUAUGAAAAUAUUCCAAAUAUAACUGUAUUUUGCUUUAUGCAACAAAAAAAAUAUUAUUAAUUUUAAAAGAAUUUUUUUUUAAUGAGUAAUUUGAUACCUGAAACCUAUUUACCUAUUUUAGCAAAAGCUUUACGUUUCUUUUAUUUAAAAGCCACACGUGACAGAACUAUUAAUAUAUUUUCCCGUUCUUAAAAGUAAAAUUAAUAAAUCUAAUUGAUUGCUUUUUAAAUUAUUAAUUAAAGACAAAACAUUUUAGCUUUGUAUUUUUAACAUUGAACAAGUUUUUACUUUUUAUCCAUUCCAAAAAUAUAAUUUUAUGAAAUUUACACAGUUAUAAAAACUUAACCUUUAAAUGUACUUUUAAUUAGAAAAUGCCGUUUAAUUCAAUCAGUGCAGAAACUCUAUAACCAAACAGAAUUCACUAAUGCACUUAUCACUCAUCCAAAAAAUAACAAACCAUAUGAAGUGCAAAAAAUGUGUUUUUGCAUACAAUCCAGUGGAUGAUUUUAUUUAUUUAAAAAAAAACUAUUUUUUUAAGGGGGGGGGGGGCAGCAAAAGAUACACCUACGAAUGAAUUUAAUAAAAAAUUAACCUUCUUAGGUACAUAUCUAUCUGGGGUAAGAAUUAGGGGGUGUACAUUUUUAACUUAUCACUCAUCCAAAAAAUAACAAACCAUAUGAAGUGCAAAAAAUGUGUUUUUGCAUACAAUCCAGUGGAUGAUUUUAUUUAUUUAAAAAAAAACUAUUUUUUUAAGGGGGGGGGGGCAGCACAAGAUACACCUACGAAUGAAUUUAAUAAAAAAUUAACCUUCUUAGGUACAUAUCUAUCUGGGGUAAGAAUUAGGGUGUGUACAUUUUUACGUGGAUGACAAUAUCUUUAAAUCCAAUGAUAUUACAGUUGUAAAAAAUAGAUACUAUAUUCUCAUUUUACAAAUAAACAUGUGUUUACCAACGAACAAAAUCAAUGGCAUUUACAAAACAUGGGUACAUUUACAUAAGUUUACCCAUGAAUAUCAAAACCCAAUCAUUUUGAACAAGUGAAAAUUUAAAUUUUUGUAAUAGAGAUGGAUUUUUCUUUCAAAAAAUGAAAAUAUAUUUUUGUUUUUACUUUGCAAAGAAAAGAAUUCUUUGUUUUAUGAUUUUCUGAUAAUAUAGUAGAAAAUAAAGGAAAAAGUUUGGUUCAAUUUUUAAUAAAGAUAUCAGUAUAUCUAAUUCUGUUAUUAUAAAAUGUAUUUAAAAUGGUAUAUCGAGUUUUGUUGUAAAUUUAAGAUUAAGUUUUCACAAUUUUUAGAUUUUUUAGUUUAGGGGCACGAAGAGUGUUAAUGUAGGCCCAACAUUUAACAAUUUAAAAACAAAUGACAUCUAAAAUAUUUAUCUAGCAUAGAAAUCUGCCGUCAAUGAACUCCUUUACUGAAAAUAAUGAUUUAAUUAGUGAUCAUUUAGAUUUGGUAAUUUAAGGUCAUGUUUAUAGAAAAAAUAAUUGCAGUUUAGGGGCGCGAAAACGGAUAGUGUAGGUGUAUAAUAUAUAGCAGAUAAAUACUUCUCAAAACUUUUAAUGAUUUAAGAAACGUAAACAUCAUUACAUGGAUACUUUUUUUAAAAUACGAAAUUGUGAUGAGUUUUUGCAAUAGCAAGUUGAAAUUAUUGCAAAAUGCCUGUCUCAAUAACAUCGGGGGAUAUUUUCUAGUUCAGAAUAAUUCUGCUAAAGAUCUUUUGUGGUACUGACAGCAGUGUAAUUACUCUGUAAUUUUCACUAUUGCUAAAAUUACAUUUCUUUGAUAUUUUGAUGAUGCAUUCUUCUUCCCAUUUCUUUUCAAACAGUGGUGUGUAAUGUUAACUAUUGUAUCUAUAUCUGCUAGCAUCAUCUCUGUUGUGCUGUUUUCAGGUCCAGAUGGUUCCCCAAUUUAAGCUGGUUGAUAGCCUUGGGUUAGUUCUACCUUAUUAGGGACACUGUCUUCUAUUUGUAAAUCUUUAUUUAUUGGUAAUAUAUCUGAAUCUGGUGUGUCUUUCUGUGAAGGUAUGUUUAUUAAUUCCUCAAAGUAUUCCACCCAUCUUUUUUGUUGUUUGUUUCAUUCUGUUGUUGAUCUACCUUUGUUGUCUUUAACCUGUCUCUCUGGCUUCUUGUUUCUUCCUUAGAGCUUUCUUGUUAUAUCAUAAAGCUUCUUCUAGUCUCCCUUUCUUGCUGCUUCUUCUGCUGUGGACAUUAUUACCAUCUAUCUAAUCUCUUUUAUCCUUUCUCAUAUGCUUUUUUACCCUUCCAUUGGCUUCUUUAUAUUUCUCCUGUACUUUGUUUUUUUUUCUCUGCCAUAGCUAUAGUAUGGCUGUUUUUGACUGCAGACUUCAUUUCUUUCCUUUCGUUUAUUCUUUGCGUGUCUAAUGAGAGCCAGUCUUUGUGCUUGUGCUUCACUAGUUCUUAUACCUCAUUGCUCAUAGAUGUCACUUGAAGUUCUAUCUGGUCAUCAUCUGUUUGGUCUUGCAGUACCUGGAACUUAUUUCUCAAAGUAAUAAUGAAUCCCUGUCAUUUUUUAUUUAGUUUGCCAGAAGUACUAUGUUUUAUUUUAGUCAUCUAGCAGCUGAUUCUUCCCAGUUUUUCUUCAGUGUUAGCUUGAGUCUUGCCCAAACUAGAUAGGGAUCAUAUGCAUCAUCAACUCCUCUUUUAGCUUGUACAUUUUGUAGAGACCUUCUGAAUUUUUAGUUUAUGCAAAUGGGAUCAAUUUGGUUUUCUGUUCUGGUAUCUGGAGACACCCCAAGUUACCUUAUGGAUUUACUUAUGCUGGAAUAUGCUGCCUCCAACAAUGAGCUCAUUUGCAGCACAUAAGUCUGCCAGUCUCUUUGCAGUUUUCAUUUAUCUCUCUCCUAAAACAGGGCACCCCUUAAUUUCUUCAUAUCCUCUAUUUUCUUUCCCCCUCUAGUAUAGCUUGUAUUUUUUGUAUAAAACGAAGAGAAAAAAGAAGUUUCUCUUCCUUACCAUUGUUGCUGGGUACAAUAAAUAUUACAUUCUUAAUUAUUGUGCGCAAUAAAUAUUCUUCUUCUUCACCUCUUCAUCCUUGAGGAACAGCAGCCGAUAUUCAUCGACAUCUGUGAUCCUUCAUAGGCCGCUUACAAGAAUCCUCCAGGCAUCAUGAUCCUGAGCCAAUCUCUCCAGCUUCCCCCAAGUGUGGCCAAGUUUCUUGAUAUCUGCUUCCACUUCACGGCGCCAAGUGUUCCUCAGCCUGCCUAUUUUCUGUUUUCCCCUGAGGGUUCCAGUUCAGGGCUUGUCUAGUUAUGCUGGAGGCAGGUUUCCUGAGUGUAUGGCUGAUCCAUCUCCAUCUUCUCUGGAGGAUCUCUUGUUCUACCGGUUUAUGCUUUGUCUGCUGCCACAGUUUCCGAUAGCUGAUUCUGUCAGGCCAGUGAAUCCCGAGAAUCCUUCUUAGGCAGUUAUUCAUGAAGGACUGGAUUCUCUUAAUUUUCAAAUUCUCUUGACCUUGAGGACCUUGCUCUUCCCUUUGUGUAUAUUGAGACCAAUACAUGCAGAAGUGGCUGCAAUAGUUCUGGUUUUCUCCUGCUUCUGUUUUUGGGUAUGGGAGAGAAGGGAAAGAUCAUCAGCAAAAUCGAGGUUGUCAAGCUGCUCCCACAAGGUUCAUUGUAUACCAUUCCGCUUCUGCUGUGUUGAUGUUUUCAUCACCCAGUCAAUGGCAAAUAGAAACAGAAAAGGCGAAAGCAAACAUCCUUGCCUCAAACCGGUCUUCACCUGGAAAGCAUCUGUCACCUGUUGUCCAUGGACAACUCGGCAGGUCACCCCUCCAUAGGAGUUCCUGAUUAAGUCUGUGAUUUUCUGCAGAACCCCAUAAUGUCUCAACAGCCUCCAGAGAGUUUGCCUAUCCACACUGUAAAAGGCUUUCUCAUAGUCAACAAAGUUUAUGUAGAGAGGCAAGUUCCAUUCCAGUGAUUGCUUUGCAACUCCGCCGUAGUCAGUCCCAAGCCCGGGUGAGAAAGGAGGAGGGUUGAGCGAAGGGCUAGCAACCCUUCCCUGUAAAAAUCCUCUGCUACAAAAACACGAACAAAGAUUUCAAAAGGAAACUCAGACCUUGGAAAGGAUGGGUCUCUUAAUAGAGAAUUAAUGAAGCUGGAUGGCCAAAACCAACUGGAAACCAACCGGAGGACAACCAUUCUCUCCACUAGGACCACCACCAGUCUAGGAACAUGGAACGUUAAGGACCAUGUUCGAAACUAGAAAAACUGUCCAAGUUGCUGCUGAAAUGCAGAGAUACAAACUAGCCAUCUUAGGAAUAAGUGAGUCUCGAUGGACAAGCUCAGGUCAGAUAAAGCUCAACACAGGGGAACUGCUGCUAUACUCAGGCCACGAAGAUGAAAAUGCAGCGCACAAACAAGGAGUGGCACUCAUGCUUUCCAGAACUGCCCAGAACGUACUUAUAGGAUGGGAAGCGCAUGGUUCCUGUAUAAUCACGGCAAGAUUUAAGACCAAAAAACGAAAAAUCAAUAUGGACAUCCUACAGGUAUACGCUCCUACCAACGAUAGUAAAGAGGAGGACAAAGAGGAUUUCUACAACAGACUGCGAACCCUGGUCCAAAGGUGUCCUAAGAGCAACAUGGUUAUACUCAUGGGCGACCUAACUGCGAAAAUAGGCAGCAACAAUAAAGGCUAUGAAGAAUGCAUGGGAACACAUGGUAUGGGAGAGAUGAAUGAAAAUGGUGAAAGACUAGAAGAUCUAUGUGCUACAGAUGGACUGGUCAUUGGAGGAAGCCUCUUCAUGCAUAGAAAUAUCCACAAGGCGACAUGGAUUUCACCAGAUAUGUCAAUGACUAACCAAAUUGACCAUUUCUGUAUCUGCAAUAAGUUUAGACGAUUGCUCCAAGAUGUUAGGGUAAAAAAGGGGCAGAUGUAGCCUCAGAUCACCAUCUACUGAUUGCCAAAUUAAGGCUGAAACUGAAAAAAACUGGACAAGCGAGGGAAGCAAGCGCCAACAUUUUAACAUCAACCUCUUGAAAGAUGAGUCCAAGAUAAAGGAGUUUAAACUUACCAUCUACAAUAAGUUCCAGAUCCUACAGGAACUAGGCAAUGAAGAAACAAUUGACAAAAACUGGUAAGUUUUCAAAGAGAUAUUCACGACUACCUGUGAAGAAGUGUUUGAAUGGAUUUCUGCUGAAACUAUGGAAAAAAUCCAAUAUAGGAGAAAGAAGAAGGCAAAUCUAAACAAUAGCCACACCAGAACCGAAAAGGCCAGAGCAUCAACGGAAUACUCAGAAGCAAAUAAAGAAGUUAAACGUAGUUUAGAGACAGAUAAAAAGAACUACAUAGAAGGAUUAGCAAGUGAAGCAGAGGAGGCUGUGUACCAUAGAAACACAAGAGAAUUAUUCAGUACAAUCAAAAAGUUAUCUGGAAAGUUCAACAAUCCAGUGAGACCAGUUAAAACUAAUCAAUACCUGAUGAAGAGGUUCAGAAAAAAAGAUGGAUAGAACAUUUUGAAUAACUCCUCAAAUGGCCAGCACCACAAUACAUACUCAAUAUAGAGCCAGCGGAAAAAGAUCUAGAAAUAGAUUGCAGCACACCCACAAAGCAAGAAAUGUGCAGAGCAAUUAAACAACUAAAGAAAGGCAAGGCGGCAGGUCCAGACAGAAAACCGGCAGAUGCCUUGACAGCAGAUUUUACGACUAGCACUGAAAUGCUACACACACUAUUCAAGAAAAUAUGGGAGGAAGAACAGAUACCAAUAAUUGAAUAGAAAGAAGGACACCUCGUUAAGCUCCCGAAGAAAGGAGACCUUAGUUCUUGCUCUAACUAUAGAGGAAUAACCCUGCUGUCAAUCCCAAGCAAAGUAUUCAACAGAAUGCUGCUAAACAGAAUGAGGGAGGCAAUAGACACCAAUCUUAAGGACCAACAAGCAGGGUUCAGAAAAGACAGAUCCUGCACAUACCAGGUUGCCACACUGAGAAUUAGUGUGGAACAAUCUCUGGAGUGGAACUCGCCACUAUACAUCAACUUCAUUGACUAUGAGAAGGCUUUUGAUAGUGUCGACAGACAGACUCUGUGGAAGCUGCUUAGACACUACAGGGUACUACAAAAAUUGACAGACAUAAUUAAGGCUUCUUACGAAGGACUAUCAUGCAGAAUUGUCCACGGCCAACAAACAACCGCGGCUUUUGGAGUACAGACCGGUGUCAGACAAGGGUGUCUGCUCUCGCCUUUCUUAUUCCUGUUGACCAUUGAUUGGAUAAUGAAAAUGUCUACAGAGCAGAAGAGAAAUGAUAUCCAGUGGACACUAUGGAAACAGCUGGAUGACCUGGAUUUUGUGGACGAUUUUAGCACAGUACUCUGCUUGCAUCGGCCUGAACAUCCAUAGAGGAAAAAGCAAAGUCCUUAAAAUAAAUACAUCAAGCAACACACCUAUAGCUCUGGAAGGAACAAACCUUGAGGAGGUGGAUAGCUUUACAUACCUCAGCAGCAUCAUUGACAUACAAGGAGGGACAGACGCUGACAUAAGAGUGAGAGUUGGUAAGGCAAGAGCGGCAUUUAACCAGCUAAAAAAGGUCUGGAGCUGCAGAAAUUUGACCUUCCAGACCAAGGUCAUGGUAUUCAACACCACAGUGAAACCUGUCUUUCUAUAUGGAGCAAAAACAUGGCGAACAACAGCAGCUGGUUCAAAAAAGCUACAGACAUUUUUCAACUCAUGUCUCCGAACAAUUUUACAAAUCCGCUGGCCCAACGUCAUCACCAACGAGGAUCUCUGGCGGCGCACACAACAAGAACCAGUGGAAGAGUUAAUCUGCCAGCACAGAUGGACGUGGAUUGGCCACACCCUCAGAAAGCCCGGAUCAAGUAUCACGAGACAAGCCCUCACUUGGAACCCCCAGGGCAAGAGAAAAAGAGGUCGACCCAAAACGACGUGGAGAAGGGAACUGUAGGCAGAGACCAAAAAAGAGUGGGCACAACUGGGGACAGUUGAAGAGACUUGCCCAAGACCGGGAUGCCUGGAGAGCCUUUGUUUGUGGCCUAUGCCCCAGAUGGGACAACAGGUGAUGAUGAUGAUGAUUGCUCUGCAAUAAAUAUUACAUUCAUAUUUAUUUUCUUUUUCUUGGUUCUAAAUGUUGCUGUAUAAAUUCUUGGACCAUGGGCUUCUCAUCCCAUCAGUGCCGUCUGGGACAUCAUGAAAGCAACUCAUUGUGUAUGUGGAGCAUUUUCCUCCUCAUAUCCUGAGUAAAUUAAUGUUUCUCCUAAGGCCAAUUUUAGCUGUCUAGCUUGUGUUUAUCUUGUUUUAAAAAUGCUGAGCAGGGUAAAAAUUUAUCUUCUCAUUUCUGGCACCUCUUGUGCUUCUUUUCCUUUCUCGUACAUUGCUCUGACACCCCAUGAGCCUUUCCUUAUUGCCUUUAAAAUGAGGAUCCUUGGCUUUGAGGCUUCCAAAACAACUUUGCUUUGACCGCAUGGCUUCAUAUCUCUUCUUUGGGAUGAAGAACCCUCCCUUAUUAGGACUGAAAAUGUUUUUUUUUUUUUUUCUUUUUGAUCACAUUUCUGUAUCAGUUUGUUUUUUUAUGGGUGAUGUAGCUAGUUUGUACACUAGCUUGGAACUAACCAUGGUAUUUUUUUAAAAUUGCUUAACAGACUUAAAUUUUUUUCAUUUCAGCUGAUUUCUUGGAGGAGCACAGAAGAGUUCUUGAAUCUCGAUUGCUACCUGUAAUAAGGGAAAUUACUGAUAGCAGAGCACGUACUCGAGAGGAGCUUGAAAGCUUAUACAGAAAAAUUGUCUCAGCUGUCUUACUACGGUCAGGGCUAGGAAGUCCAACAGAUAUUGCUGUUGUGAGAGAAGCAACAGGUAAAAUAUUCUGUUUACAAUAUUCAACACAAUGAGUUUUUAUGGUUCUGUUCUUUUUUUCUUAAUUCAUUAAAAAUAUUGUAUGAAAACAAUAAUUCCUAAGAUAAUAAAAUAAACUGUCAAUGAUCUUUUUUGUUAAUUAGCUGCUCUACAAUCAGUAUUUCCUCAAACUGAGUUGGGUACUUUUAUGACUUUAACCAAACGAGAAAAGGAAAGACAGCUGACUGAACUAACCAUGAUUGUCACUGGAAUUCGGCUUUUCAACAAAGAAUGUGGUAAAGGAGGCGAGGGUAUUGAUGAUUGUAAGUUAAAAAUCUUCAUAAAGUUGUUAUGUCAUCCAUCCUCCCAAAAUAAUUUAAAUAGUGGCUUACAUAAAAAAAAUUCAUAAUAUUAUCUUAUAAUUUUGAAAUAAUGUAAACAUUGUUCAUUUGUUAUUUAUUUCUUAAAAAUCAAUUUUAGCAGAAAUUUUUUAGAGGUAAAAAGUAGUUGCAAAAACUGGAUGAGUGAAAUCUCAAAACGUAACAUCAAUUAAGCUUGAAUUAGUUGGAUCAGUUGAUUUAAUUUUUGUACCUACUAAAUUACUAUAAACAUUACACACUGAUCAUAAAAUUAUUGUUUCAGGAACAGUACAAUACCAUGAGUAUGGGUGCAACUUAUACAUAACUAUUAGUGUCUAAAUUUUAAUUUGCAGAAUGGGUAUUAGAAAGCAAAUCAUACAAUAUUAGAAACCUAAAAGUUUAUGAUUAAAAAAUUGCAUGUUUGUCAAUAGGUUUGGAUUAAGGAUAUAAUUUUUCUUUGAAAAUGUAUGUAAAAUAUUUAAUCUUUUCAGUACCUGCAAUUUUAAAUGAGGCUGUCCCUGCAACCACUCAGAGUGUGGAUGAAGAAAUUCAAGGCACUUUGAAUUGCACUUACAAAUACACAGCAUUGAUUGAAGAAAUGCACAGGAGAAACAUAAAAGAAGGUCUGUCUCUUCAACUGUUGAAAGAGGCUCACAUAAACACGAGGCAGCAUGAGACUUUCCUGAGAAUCAUUUUGGUAAAUAAAAACAUUAAACGUGUUGACACUUCCAUUUACAUUCUGUUGGCAAGAUUCAUGGCUCAACGAUGGAGUCAUUUUCAUGCUUGCAUUGUCAAUAAAACUUAGUUAUAAUAUACUGACCUUUCAUUACAAUUCCAUGUGAUUAGCAACUUAUGUUUUUUGCUGUAAAUUAUCUGUUACAGAAUGAUAUAAUAAGUUGUGCUCACCAAGUUGAACUUUUAGAGAACCAGCUGGGAACUAGAAUGGAACAAUUGCAGGCUACAGUACAGUCCAAGACAGCUGUACCUACAGCCCAAGUCUAUGUAAGUGCCUAAAGUUCAUUUCACACUAUUACGCAUCCAAUAAUGGAUUUAUAACAUAUAAUAACUGAAUAAGUAAAACAUUUCAUCACUUAAAUUGCAAUAAAUUUUUUUCUACUUACAUUUUUGUAUAUUUUUAUUAGAAAAAAAGUUAAUACAAUUAUAGUUAUUUUAUGAUUAUGUAAAAUUGGUAUCGAUGGAAAACAAAUCAUCAGAUUUUUAUGGUUAUGUUAAUGUAAGUGUCAUUAUACAGCGGUUCUCAACCUGUGGGUCGCGACCCCUUUGAGGGUCGCACGACUCUUUCCCAGGGGUUGCCUAAGACCAUCUGAAAACACAUAUACUCUACAGUUAUGAAGUAGCAAUGAAAAUAAUUUUCUGACUGGGGGUCGCCACAACAUGACGAACUGUAUAAAAGGGUCGCGGCAGUGGUAAGGCUGAGAACCACUGUAUUAAUAAUUAAGAACUUUGUACUUUUUUUACUGGUAUUGUACCAUAUGCAAAUAAAAUAAUGUUUCACAUUUUAUGCCUGAGACAGUGAAUGAUACUUUAGGACUAGGGUGGUGAUAAAUGAUUGUUGGACGGAUUAUUAAUAAGUAUACUGUCAUUGUCUAUCUAAUGUUCAGUCAUAAUCCAUUAUAAAAGGGCCUAAUAGAAUGGUAAAGAAUGCUAAUGGAUAGAUAUAUAUUUAUAUACUAAUAUUAAACUAUUAUUGCUAUUCUAGUACUACUACUAGAGACUAUAGGUAAUUAAGAAUAUCAAACUCAUACUAGUAGCCCUACUACUAGUGAUACAGCAUAGUAUGUUUUUUUUUGUAUGUGUGUUCAAUAUCUGUUUAGUGUUUUUUGGAAAGGCCUUAAUGGUAUAUUACUAACCUAGGCUAAAUAAUUAUUUAGGCCAAACUUAAUAUUAAUAAUUAUUCUUAUGACAGUAAUGAUAUUUAGUACAUAUUUGUAUUGUUAUUAUUUCUAUUUGGCCUAAUUUCAUUAUUCUUUUUUCCUAAUUUAUUAUGACUCUAUGCUGUCACAUAGACAUUAAUAUAGACUACUGUUUAAGCAUAAUGGCUAUUUAGUAAAUAUAUUCAGUGUGGUGUUAUCAUAGUUAUCUUUAGUAAAUUGCCGAAAUUUACUCUGCUUAUGCUAUAACUACUAUGAGUAUGAGUAAUAUGAUUAUAUACUUUGAUACUAUAAUAUAGGCCUCGUAUUAUUUAAUAUAUGAAUUGAAUAUGGUGCUAUGGGCUCCAUGGUCUUUGGUAAAUAUUUUGAUCAUAGAACAAUUUAUUUCAAUUGCUGCCUUUGUACUAAAUCAGCUGUAAUGUCAGUGUAAAAAAAGUAAUGCUGUGUUUGGUUAUUGCAUCCAACAACUUAGUAUUUAAUAAAACUUUGAACAAAUUUCACUUUUGUCCACACAAAAAAGAAACCACACAAAAUAGUGAGAUCCAACAAAAUUUUGACGAAAAUUUGAUUGUGUGAAUUGAAAUUAACUGGGAUCAUCAUUUUUAAUUCCUUUCCCUUGAAUUUGUGAAAACCAUUUAUGGUUGAUAAACUUUGAAAUAUAUCUCAUAUUUUCAAAAAUGCUGCCAAUUUGUAAAUAGGGGAUCGGCCUCAAUUAUAACUGUUUAUAAAAAAUUUCAAUGAUAAUUUUAACUUAAAGUUAAAGACAUUUCUCUUUAUUUUUUUUGUCCAAAACAUCAUGGAGAUUUUUAAUAAAUGUUUUAUUUUUAUGACAAAAAUUUGUUUGUCUUCUUAAGAAAUAGAAACAUAACUAUCUAUUUUUGCCCUAGCCCCAAUUUAUUCAUUUAGCCCAGCUUUGGAGCAGCUUCCAAGAUGAGAUGGUUCUUCUCAGUGUCCUUAGUAAUAUCUUGGCCAGUCUAGAGCCCUUUACCAGAGUGAGUGUACUUUUCAUUACAUUACACUUAAAAACUCUUUCAUUAAAGAAAUUUUUUCAGUGAGGUAUUGGUAAUUUUCAAGUUUGACUUUAAUUUAAUGUUUAUAUCAUGUGAUAGUAAAUAUUCUAAUAAUGACGCCUUUUUUCCAUGCAGGGCCAUAAAGAGCAGCUUAGUGAUGAAUUAAUUAGUCCUUACUUGGAAGGUCUUACCAUCAAGACUGAUGAACAGAGAACAAAAGAGGUGAAUUUCAGCUCCUCAAAUAUUAAAUUAUAUAGUUGUUGUAACCUUCAGAAACAAUUGUAGCUUCUGACAUUCCUGACACUUCAUUGCAACCUUCCUUCUUCUCAUUGUUUCCAGGUUAUCUAUAUUAUUGUCAUACUCACCACCACUAGCUCAAUCAAAUUAUCAAGCCAAGGCCUCCACACACAUCACUUAAUUAAUUAAAUAACUUAGAAAUAUAAUAUUUAAAUAAAUUUAUAGUACAGCUUCAGACCACAAAAUCAAUUUGAGUAAAUAAAAAAUAUGAAUAUGGUCCUCAAAUUAUAUUAGUGUCAACAAACAAUAGAUUCAUACCACCUCCUGCUUUGAAAAUUCUAAGAUAACUCCCAAUUUUUCAUGCUUGCAAAAAUGGUUGAUGAUAUAGUACCCUCUUUUAUAAUUCAUUAUCUGUAUUCAUGUGCCACUUGAUUUCUGGUUGUGUUUUAUAAGCUAAACAACCAAUAAAUGUCAUGAUGUUGCAGUUGUCUUUGUUUAUUUUUUAACAACACAUGUAAUUUAAUUUAAAGAAGGGUACAUAAUUUUGUUGUUUUUGAAACAUUUUUUAUUAAAAUACUUUAUUACUUCAAAAAAAUUAGAAAUAGCUACAUCUGCAAUAUUUUUCAUUCAACAGUGUUGAGUAAAAAUUGUAGCAACUAAAAUUAAAUUGGAUGAUUGUUUCUUGUAUAUUAUAUUGUUAUUCUGUAGUGUACCAGUAUGUCUUUUGUAACGCAAUUAUUUACCAUCACAUAUUUUAUUCCUUAGACAACUGAUCAGAGAGUCAACCCAAAAGAUUACAAAGUGGAACAGUAUGACUGGCUUUUUGCAGACACAACAAAGAAUUUUUCAAGGUUGCAGCUUCAGUACAGGGUAGGUGAUUGGCUUUUUAAUGUAAAUUAUUAUUUAAUACAAAAUAGUUAAAGCUGAACAACAUAUCAUCACAAUUAUCAUUUUCUCUCUAAAAGAAAAUAAUUUUUUGGGGGUCUGUAUUAGAAUUUAAAUCCAUAUGCUUUUGUCAAUCUACAGAAUUACAUAAGCAUUUCAAAUCCCAAACUUAAUGAAUGUAUAAGCAUUUCAAAUCCAAAACUUUGUGAAUGCAUACAUUAAAGUAGAUACAUUUAUGAUUAUAUGACUGCACUGUUUGUUACAGGGGUUUUGUGCUUACACAUUAGGGAAUUAUGAUCGGCUGCUUUUACCUGGCAACCCUGAGAUUGGAGUCAUGAGAUUUAGAGAACAUUAUUAUGCAUUCUCAUCUAAAGAGGCAGCAUAUGAAUUUGCUGAGAAUCCUCCAGAGUAUGUCUUGAUUUUUUUGUUUGGGACCAUCCUUAUAGUAUGCAGGUUUUGAGGGGGGUUGUUGAUUUUGGAGAUUUUGUGUACGUGUGCAUGUGGGUGGGUGUGAUGAAUUUUUAUUCACAAAUUCCGCAAUAUUUUUACUGCCAUUCUGGCAGCCCAUAAAUGAUAAAUAGAAUAUUUAUAUCUAUAAAUAUAAUGCUGUAAAAAUAUUUUUCAAUGUUAUUUUUUUUUUGUAGGAAAUUUUGUAAUAAAAAUAGAUAUCACUCUAGUAGCCCUACUCAGUAGUAAGCAGUAACAGUAAUAUUUAGUCCACCCUAAGGCUCACAUGCCCAUGACAUAUUUUGUUCAGCUACACUAGUGGUUCCUAGAAUUUUUCAAUGUCUGUCACCCUUGCCAAAUUUUUUCAUCAUACCGGUACUGUACAUUUAUAAGCUGAAAUUGACUGUGAUGUUAAACUUUAUGCUGGAUUUAUUCUGACAGAAGACCCUACUAAUAUUAAUUGUGAGUGUAUAUUGGAUUAAAUUUUAUUUAAAUUAAAUGUUAAAUUUGUUUUUAUAAAAUUGUUUUUAGUUCAAAAGUGUGACGUACUUUAGUGGAGGGUCUGAGAUUUUUGACAGAUUAUGACAAGGGGGAGGGGUGUUAAACAUUAAAAAUUAUAAAAAAUAGCUUGACCUACUUUAUGGAUGGCCAUUUUGUACAUCACUAAGCAUUAUUUAGUUACUUCAAAAAGUUCUUGGUAUGCUACUCAAGUGAGUUACUAUUGUCACAUGUAAUAUAUUGCGGCGCCCCUGUGAGAAAGUCAAGGAAAAGCUGCGCCUAUGGCGAAUCCUGAAAAUGACAUCCCUCAAUAUAUUAUAUAAACAAGUACAGCUGGGGCACUCCGGUAAAGAGACGAUUUUUGUCACUCCUUGUCUUAUUGAAGUACAUAAGAUUUUAUAAUUUAAUUUAUUAUUAAGUUAUUAAAGAUCCUAUCUUAGACACACUAUAUUACUGUGACAUCUUAAUUGCCUAUAAAUACUUUUUUUGGUGGGUGUGGUUUGAAAGUUCAAUGUACCGGUACAUAUAAAUGAGGGUGUUCAAAAGAGUAUGCACGCAACAGGGUGGAGGAAGGGGUGUACAAUUUUUUUUUUUUUUUUUCCUACAUACUAAAGGGAUGGCCCCUUUAAAUCAAAUGAUAACUUUUUACCAAAUGAAGUUUCUGGAAAGUGUUUACAAGUCUUUAAUUAUGACUUCCAAAAAAUCAAAGCUUAACUUUUAAUAAAUGUACCGGUACAUAUAAAUGAGGGUGUUCAAAAGAGUAUGCACGCAACAGGGUGGAGGAAGGGGUGUACAAUUUUUUUUUUUUUUUCCUACAUACUAAAUGGAUGGCCCCUUUAAAUCAAAUGAUAACUUUUUACCAAAUGAAGUGUCUGGAAAGUGUUUACAAGUCUUUAAUUAUGACUUCCAAAAAAUCAAAGCUUACAUUUUAAUUUAGCCUAAAUUACUCCUCUAUCUUUAAGUAAUGUUAUAUUUAAAAAUAUCAGAUACAUUGCUUUAGUGGCAGAAGCUGCAAAGAAGAGUCCAGAGUUAAUUCAACUAUUAGAACUUCAUACACAGUUUUCUACUGUAACACCAUAUUCACAGGUAUUUCUUCUUUAAGGGGAUUUGUUAAUUAUAAUUUUAUAUUGUUUAAACAAAAAGUCUCAUUUUAAAAUUUGUUUAAUGCCAGAAAAGGUUCAAUUUUUAACCGUAUUUAUGAUUUAUAAAAAGCUGUUUUGAGGGGAUCAAGUAAGAAUUCUUUAUCUUAUAUUAUAUCAAUAAGACUUAUUUUUUAUUAUAUAUAUGUUUAAUUUUCAUUAUCUAUAUAUGAAUUUUUUUAAAAUAUUGAAUUCUUUGAAUAAUAAUACUAUGGAAUCAUGCAGUGCCACAUCCUGAAAUGAUGUUCCAUGCAAAUAAUGAACCUCACAACAACGCAUACUGUAAUUGGAUAUAACAUGGUUGGACUCCCAAAUAUUUGUGUAUUCAUUAGCAGAUCAAAUUAAUUUUGUUUCUUAGUAGGAACCGGUACAUAAAACAAGUAUUAAAAUUAUUAAAUGUCAUUUUGGGGAUGAAGUCAUAUUUGACUUUGAAUAUAAUUCGAUCGUAUCAUGGUUCCUAAAGUUUGAAAUGAAUUAACAUCAAAGAAAAAAAGCUGCACACCUGCUAGACCAGCCAAUGUUGCAUGCAGCCCCUUGAAUUUAAAUGUCUACUUUAUUAGCUGUAAAAAUCCAAAUGUUAUUUGCAUGAGAAUUAAGGCUUUUCAUGAGAUGUGUACAUUAUUAGGAACCUUGGGUGCAAUGUUAGGGACAGGGUUGAUUGCAUAAAAAUAAAGUAUAAUUCUGCAUUAACGCAACCCUGCUAUUUACGUGAACCCAUUAAACUGUUGUAGUAAUAUUUCACUGUGCUUUCAACUUGUUUUAUCUUUAAAUUUAAAGUUACAAUUGUUCAUAUUUAAUUUUUUGUUUAAGACACGGGAUGCUGGCAAAAUGAUAGAAAAACCAAUAACAAAGUGUGACAGUGGCUCCCAAACUGACACACACAUUCUGGAGUCAAAUAUAGUUAAGACUUAUGCAUGGAAUGAAUGGGAACUCCGUAGAAAAGCAAUAAAAUUGGUAAAAGCUGCUUAAGUUAAUGACUUACUUCACUUAGCUUUAUGCUAAGCAUAUAAUAAGUCUUUAAUAUUAUAAAUAUAUUAUAACCGGGUAUUUAUUAUGAUAAUUCAUUUAAAAAAAAUUAGAUUAAAUUUGAUUAAUUAUUAUUGCUGUUUAAUUCCUAUCUAACUUUUUUUCAUUUAUUAAUUUACAGGCUAAUUUAAGAACCAAAGUAACACAUGCUAUGCAGACUAAUGGUAGCAACAUGAGAAGAGACAAUGAAACCCAGGUUUAUUUGCCGAAGUAAGUAAAUUGUGAAUUUUAAUAUCAAAUGCAUUAAAAGUAAAGUUUGUUUCAAUUUCUCUUAAACUAGCUUUUGCUAAUCAUUUGAAAUAAUGGAGAGCAAAGAUUAAACUGUCAAGUUGAAAGGAGUGACAUGAUCUUUAAUCUCUUUCAUUUUCUAAAAUUCUUACACUAAUAUAUAUUUCAAAAGCACACCGCCUAUAUAUACUAUGGUACACUAUUUAUAAAGUUGAACAUUUUAUUUAAUAAGUUUCUUUUAUUAUUUUAACAGGGAACAAGAUACCCAGACUAAGCAAGACAAUUACAGUAAUGUUUCCAAACCACAAGUAUUCCUUCAUGGUUUGCGUGGUGGUGGAACUAGCAUCCCAACCGUGUUUCGUAAAGUGGAUCUCACUGUUGAUGUAUCUGAACCACCAAUAGUUUCAGAGUUCUUAGUACCAGUACCAAAGAAGAAAUAGUAUCAUACCGAAUUCCUAGUGAUUUUUCAUUCUUUAUUUUAUUAUUUUGUUUUCAGAAAGGCAAAAACAUUAAUAACAAUAAAUUAAAUAGGCUUGAUAGGUGUUAUUUUUUUUUUAUUUUUUAAGAAUCUCAAUAUAACACAAAGAAUUCUGUAUUUUUCUUUUUUGUUUAAAGAAAAGAGUCUGGUCCUUUAUAUAUGGUGGAAAUGAACCAGCAUUUACUUUAAAAGUAAUCUAAUUCAUUUAUUCCUUAAUUUUUAUUUAUGCCUAUGUGUCUACAAAAUGGGUGUCAACAUUUUAUUUUUAAUUAUUCUAAUUAUCAACGGUAUCAACUAAAUCAUUCUUAUUUUUAAGUAUAAUUAAAUUAUAUAUAAUUAGAACUUGUAUCUUAAACUGAUAGGCAAAUGUUUAACAGUCAUUUUUAGUGGCUCAAUUUAUUUUUUACUGGUACAACAAAAAUAAAUAAACAUGAAAAUAUCUGGUAAUUAUUUGAUUCCUUUGACUUUUUUCAAUAAUUGUAUUUUAAAUAUAUAAUUUAAUAAAGACACUUAAAUAAAUGUUUGCAAAAGUUUUUAAUAUUUUUCUUCAACUCUGAUAUUAAAUUUCUAUGAUCAAGUGUGCAUGUAUUUACAGAUUUUUCUAAAAUAUCCACUAUACAGAAUUUUUAUAAAAAUCCACUAUACGGUACAGAAAUUUUAUAAAAAAAUGAGAAUUCUAAUUUCUAUGCAACUUAUUAGGUGAUUUCAUAUAUCAUUAAAAAAAACUUGCAUCUUAUUUAGGAUAAAGUGGUCCUAAGUAAACUUGUUUUAGUAUUUUAUUCAUUUUUUAAGAUGUACUUGAUAUCAAAGUCAAAGUCAUGGUCAGUAAGUUGGCAUGGUUUACAUGAAAAAUUAUUUGUAUUGGGUAUGAGUGGGUAGGACUGGCUAAUCUUGGAUGGGAGCUCAUCACAGAAAAUGGGUGGCUGAGCGGUCUAAAUUGAAAUUUUAUUUUAAAGUGAUAUCACCCUUUGUCACACAUUUCAUAGAAUUAUGAAUAUAUUGUAAAUUAAAGAUAAAUAUGCUUUGCAUACAUUUUCAAUCAUUUUGCAUUCAUACUUUAUAUUUCACCCUUAAGUUUAAGAAUUGACCUUUUUGGCAACAUCCAAGAGACAAAUUAAUUUAAAAUCACAAAUCAAGGCAAAGAACUCUUUAUGUUUAGUAAUCACCAUUAUUUAUUAUACCAGUAUACAAAUAUUUCAUGUAUACAAUAUUUAUUGAUAUUCCCUGUAACAAUUAUAAUUAUUAACCCACUUGAUGUUAUUAGUACCGGUAUUAUUAAAAUGUAAUGAAAAUAUAUUUCAUAAGGAUUUUGAAAAAUUAAAUGUAAAGUAUUACACAAGAAACAUUUAUUAAAGUAAAAUUUAAAUACAUACCAAAUUUUUAUAUAGCAGCAACAAUUGGAAACCAAGCAAAGAACUUAAUCAAUAAUAAACUUUUCUGCUCAUAAAUUAAAUUGUAUCUUUCAAAUUUUUAACCUGUUAAAUUAAAACCCUGUUUAAAUCCCAAAUAUUUAAGCAAGUUUAGGUUUAAGCAAAUUAAUAAAACAUUUAAAUAUUGAACACUUAAAAAUACAAAAUAAUCAAACUUAUCAAUUCAAAGAUAUUUGCUAAUAAUUUUCAAAUUAUGUUUGGCCCUAAUAAACAAUGCUUUAAUGGCACAAUACAUUAUAUUUGAGGAGCCAUAUGUAAACAUAUCUCACUUUACUCUCAAAAGCCUCACAAUAUCUUGGAAAAGGAAACCUGUGUGGGAGGAUCUGUGAUUGACAUAUAUAUUUACAGAUAUCAACCAUUUGCGUUCACCAGCUGCGUGGAGGGACCUGAUAAUUGGGAAACAGUUGAUUCUUAAUAAAAGCAUCUAUUCCAGACUUCAUCGUUUUGCUAGAGACACUUUCAGAAAAAUCACACCAUCCUCACUUGGAUGUAUAUAUUUACAUUCUAACCUCUGGGGUUUCAGGAAGUCACCCUAAUCUGCCAGGCUAGUGUUUUUUUAGGAUCAGUGGCUAACCGUUAAGAUUGGUCCUUUUGGUAAGAUUAAAUGCCUUUAUUUAAUAUUAAGGCAAACAUGAGCAAAGCCAAAGUGACAUUAACUUUUUCAAUCAGGCAUACAACUUUUAUUUUGUGCUUAUUAUGCAAGGAACAUAGUACAAAUUGGUAAUUAACAAUUUAGCAAAUAUACAUAAAUACAUACUUACAUAAAUACAUGUGCAUAGUCUAGUUUGAAAUUAUUUACACUAGGAUCAGAAAGAACAUUUUUAAAAGUGCGUAUUGGUAAAAUAAACAACUUUUAAGCUAUUGAAAAAGGUGCUUUUAUGUUUAAAUCUAAAAUAAAAUUACUUUUGUGGAGUUGAAACACCCAAUACGAUUCAGUCUACAAUGCAAAUGACUAUUUCUAAGGUCAAAAUGGUUAGAUAUACGUUCAAAAUUAAAUUAUUCAUAUAACUCAGUGGUUCUCAACAUUCCUAAUGCCGCGACCCUUUGAUACAUUUCCUCAUGUUUUGGCAUCCCCCCAGCCACAAAAUUAUUUUCGUUGCUACUUCAUAACUGUGGAGCACAUGUGUUUUCAGAUGGUCUUAGGCGACCCCUAGGAAAGGGUCGUGCGAUCCCCAAAGAGGUCGCGACCCACAGGUUGAGAACCGCUGAUAUAACUGAAUAACUGCUACCUCUCCUGAUAAGUUAUUUUUCUCUUUUAUCAGCAGGAAUUACCUAGUAAUGUCCUAGCUGGCCUAGCCCUUCAUUGACAGCCAUCUCUACAAUCUUAGUGCACCACUAGACCACCAAAAUAGUAACUAUAGAUAAAAUAUAUAAUCAUCACAUAACACAUCAUGAAAAAUUGGUAAUAUCAAGGAAAUCUUAUGUGAUUUAUGAAGGGUUGAAAAUAUUAGAGCUUUUAACAUAAUUAUAUAACUGCACAACAAUAUUAGCAUCAGAAAAAUUUAGAUUUAGGAUUUCAAUUUAAUGGUUUAAUUUACUUUCCUUUGAUCUAAAUUUACUUCUAUAUAUUUUAAUACCUUAUUAGGAAUGUCAGAAAUGUAUUAUUUAGUUCACUCCACAACAUUUGUUAAUGUCAACAACUGGUUCAAGAUUAAGGAUGUCAACAAAGUUUCAACCAUCUAGUAAACACAAUCCACUGAUCAAAAAGCUGAAAAUUUUGUGGAGUCUGAAAACAUUUUUUGAAACUAAAUGAUAGAAUAAUUGUGAAGAUUUAUUUAUGCGUAUAAAUAAAGUGUAAGUUAGUAAUUUCUCAACUGCAAACAUUUCUUUUUUUUUACCUUAGUCACAUUCCAUUUUUUUAAGUUUGUAAGCAUUGUUUCUAUAUUAUUAAGAGCACUGAUUACAGGAGUAAUUUUCUUAGCAAAAUGAUCAUAUAUCCCAAUUAAUUAAAUUUCAACAAAAAUUUAACUAUACUGGUAUACUAAAAAACUUUCAGCUAUAUUGUGUUUUAGAUAAAUUGAAAAAUAUAUAAAAUUUCAAAAGAAAAAUAUUUUCCCAGUAAGUUUCUUUUUUCUUUAUUUUUUUAUAUUUUCAUAUUUCCUCUACACAUGGUAUUUUAUGGCAUCUUAAUAUUCUAAGGGUUUGUUAUUUCCCAUUAAUGAUAAGUAGCAUAUAGUAAAAUUACAUUAAUUUAAUCCAUUAUGAUUGACCUCACAUAAAUGUGUUAAGCAAAUGUACAGUGAAACAGCCUUUCUUUUUUAAAAAACAUGUAUUAUUUUUUUUUUGUCUUAGGAAGCUAUGAUUAUGAUGUCAGAGGAGCUAAAAAUAUGCUGAGAAAAAAAGUUAUUUCUUUUUGUGUGGUAAUGUAUGAACAUAGAUAAAUCAUGGCAAGUCGUUGAAUAUGUCAAUAAAGCACCUUAUAUUUAAAAAUCCUCUUAAUGUUAAGAAUGUCAAUAACAUUUUAUUUAAAUUUAGAAAUUUACACAAAUGAUCAUACAAAUUUAAACAAAGAUACUACUCUUUCCAGCAAAAGACAAUUCAAUUUCCUCCAAUGACCUUCCUUUAGUCUCUGGAACAUAUUUGGCUACAAACCAAAUACUCAAAACACAACAAGCACUAAACAGAUAAAAAACACCAGCACUACCCAGUAAAUCUUGCAUAUUUGAGAACUGGCUGGUCACAAUAAAUGCUGAGCCCCAGGAUGCAAUAAUUGCAGCUGAACCUGCAACCCCCUUACAGCGAGAAGGAGUAAUCUCUGACAUGAUUAGCAUAGGUAUGGGACCCCAACCCAGUGAGAAGCCAAUAAUAUAGAGUGUUAGACAAAAAACAGGAAACCAGGUUUUCAUAAAUGCACUCAGCAUCCCAGUAGCAGAUAAUUUAUAAUACAACCCAAAGCAAAAUAAUGUAACAGCCAUAAUGAGGCCCCCAAUUUGCAGAAGUUUACGUCUCCCAGCUUUGUCCAUAAGAUAAACAGCUGCAAGGGUUCCCAAUAUUUGCACAAUACCAAUGAUGACUGUGGCCUUGUAUGCAAAUUCUCCUACUGCAGACUCAAAGAUCGAAACAGUGAAAAACAUCACUGCAUUGAUUCCAGAUAGCUGUUGAAAGAUCAUGAUACACACACCUAUGAACAAUGGCAAGGAGAGUUCACGCUUCUUUAAAAUUUCAAAGAAAGACACACGUUGUUCAGGAUCAGAUCCUGCUUCCAUUUCACGGCACUCUUCCUGGACAUUUGUAUGAGCGUCUCUUAGUAACUGAAGAGAAAUUAUUGCAUCCGCUUUUCGAUUUUUCAUAAGUAACCAUCUAGGGGUUUCUGGAAUCAUAAAAGUAAGUAUUCCUCCAAGAACAGAUGGUACUAUGCAUAAAUUUGCCAACCAGCGCCACUCAAAAAACAUGCCAAGAAUAUAAGCUGCAGCAAUACCAAUAGUGAUAAAGAGCUGAACACAUGAGCCCAGUAUGCCUCUCAUUGAAGUAGUUGAAAUUUCUGCAACAUAAAUAGGAACACAAACUGUCACCAUGCCACUCCCAAUCCCUGUCAGAAAUCGUCCAAAAUAGCAUUGGUAACUCUCAGAUGCAGAAGCUAUUAUAAAGAAUCCAGCAGCAAAUGGUAUGGAUAAAAAUGUGAGAGAGAGCUUACGACCAAUUUUUUCAAUUAACCAUCCUCCUAAGGGCCCUCCAAAAAGUGCUCCAAUAGUAAGUAAAGAGCCAAACCAACUGCUUUCGUCUUUUUUUAAUACUCCUCUUUUUAUCAUACUAGGGAUUGAGGGAGAGCUGUAACCAAUAGAUAUUCCAAAGUUAAAAGCGCCGACCAAAGCACACAUGCAGAUGAAAACUAGCUUUCUGUAAGAACCUUCAUAUUUCGAAAGGACAGCACGACCUGCAAGACCGACUGGUUGUUGUUCCGCCAUUUUGAAGCUCCUACGUGGUU